AUGUACAAACUGUCUCAAAUAAUCGACGCGACACGGGAGAGUCUCGACGCGGACUCAUCCUUACGCCAGCCGCAUUCCCCAUUGACUAUUAAUACCUCCGCGCCGGCCUCGCCUGCCGUCUCUUUGUUCUCCGCGGGCCACAACCGGGUCUCCAGCUCUGUCUCUUCCCUCGUGUCUUCAUCGGGUCUGGGGAAUUCAAUGGAAAGUCCCAGUCGGAGUCAUUUGACCGGAGUCAAGGAAGAGGAAUGCACGCGCGACUCGUUGGAAGAUCAUUAUUUCCGUAUGUGCCAAUCGCCGCCGCGAAAACUCCCCGGUCAUACUGCAGUUGCUAACCUAGGCUUUCCUAUAGAGCAUUUCGACUCCGGCAUGUCGGCGGAAGAGUCAUACUUUGCUCCUAUUGAUAACUCGGAUAGUUACGAUCUGAGCGAUACUGGCAUGGAGACUGCCCCAUCACCGAAAAAGAGACGCUCAGGCUCAGAAAGCGCGUCAUUCAAGGGCGUCUCGCGCAUUAAUUCGCACAUCUCGACCAUGUCGGCACGGUGGAAGAACAAGCGAUCCUCCAGUGGCGCAGAAGGCGAUAUUUUCCCGGAUGAUCUACGAUCGCGCGCGAACUCGGCGGCCUCCUCCGCCUUGGCAAGCCCCAUCACUGGCUCCAUGCCAAUGAGCCGGGUCGACUCUAUCCCCCCUUCUCCCGCGCGAACGAUCUUCGAGGAACGCCUGAGCGAGUCCGGCACGCGCCCAAUUGAUAUCACCCGAGCGAACAGUCUCAGCCAGGAUGACAACGAUGGGCAGAAAGCGACGACCCCUCUCCUACCACCGUUCAUGGGAGACGACCCAACCAGCGUUGUGGCAUCCCGUGUCCAAUCACCCCUGCAGUCUCCGUCCGUCGCAGACGCAAGCGAACCACACUUUAACUAUAAUGUGACCUCGGACCCGCGGUUUAUGGGAAUUCUUCCCUCGCCACCACUCUCGUCUAAGCCUUCCGUGGCCUCCUUCAACAGGCCCCGAGCCAGCACCGUGCGCACAGUCUCAGGCGACGCAACUCCCCUCGUACUCUCUGAUCCCAACGAUGAGUGGGCCAACAAACUCGGGCACGCCAACUUCACCAUCACGCCUGAGCCUUACGACCCUGUGGUUUGCGAUAUCGGCAAUUUCCGACAGAUGCGUGCAGACUGGGACAUUGCGCGUUGCAACUUUGCCAAGCACCUUGUCCGCACUGGCGAACACUACGGCGUCACCUCGAACAUCUACAAGCUCACCAUCGAGAAAUGGGAAUCAAUCAACCGCGAGUGGGCAACGCAGCACGAGGCCAUGCGCGACCAGCUUAGCGCUGUAGAUGGUGUUGCUCUUACGCUCACCCAGUCUAAUAUGCACCCCUGCCAGCAAGUCCGCAUCCCCCGUCUGCAUGACAACGACAAGUUCCCCGACAUGGGGGAUGAGGAUAUUGUCGGCCCAAUGACUGUGGCACCGGCUACGGAGAUUGCAGGUCCCUGCCGUUCUGAGAAAAAGAGGAAUUUCUUCCGCUUUUUCCAGGACUUGGUCUCCCGAACUUGA